AUGGAUAACUUAUUGAAUCAAAAAUACCAUGAUACUGUAUUACUCGCCCCUGGAAAUUCUGUCGAUAUAGAGACUCCCACCAUCAAUAUUGACACAAACCAAGAAAAUAACGGUAUUAAUAGCUCAAAUGUUGAAGAGGCAAGGAUUUACCUCUCACAGUUGAGACUUAAUAAUGCGCCUGAGGAUGAACAACGUCAAGGAGAAAUAUAUCUAUCAAAAUUGCAGCAGCAGGCUGCGGAAAACGAAACUGGGACCAAUCUACAUCACCAAAGAUUAAGGGAAUCUACAAUUGAAAUAAGACAAAAUGUUGACCUUCUUAAUCUGUAUCUUUUGCUUGACGAACAUGGACAACCACAUGAAGCACACAAUGUAAAUUUUGAUCUUGGAAACCCUGCACUUAAUCAAAU